CGUGAUUGAACGAGAAGCAAACAAUGCCUAGUUGACAUGGGCAGAGUAUAAAAAGGGACCGACGCCACCUAUUCCAGCAUCUAGUGUCCUGCAGUCAACAAGUAGAUAGUCGCUGCCGACCAACGAACAAUCAGAAAGAGAAUGAACUCAACAAUCGUCGCCUUCGUCGCUUUGGCUGUCCUGGCCGCUGUCGUUUCUGCUCAACCUGGCCCAGCUCUUGAAAACGUCGAUGUGGACAACGUUUUGAAAAAUGAAAAGCUUGUCAGGCGCUACAUUGACUGCACCUUGGAUCGUGGGCGAUGCGAACAAAACGGCAGAGAUUUGAAAGCUAUGCUUCCCCGUGUGCUGAAUGAGGGAUGCAGUGGGUGCACGCCCAAACAAGUCGAGAAUUCAAACCGAAUCAUCAACUUCAUGAAGACGAACCACGCCGCUGACUGGGCAGCCAUCGAAACCAAAUACAAGACGGGUUAAGCGCAGCACCUCGUAUUUUUCAAUUUUAACUGUGCAUCUCGCUCUUUUUCAAGUCACUCUUCCAAUGUAUCCUUGGCACUUGUAUUCUAGGUGUGCCUAAAAGAACGGUUUUAAAGAGAAAAACAAAAGCGGUGAAACGACUAUCGAUUUCAUUUAAUACAUUUUUUCGGUAAA